AUGGCCAAUUGGCCAGGAGCCGCUGGCGCGGGGGAAACUGAGUUUGUGCGAUUCACUCUUCUUGUUGCCCGCUUCGACAAAACUUUGACAAUGGCUGAUUUCGAUGCUCCCCGUGGUGUGACUGUCCGCGACGUCAAGGCCGCCGACUUCAUCAAGGAAUACGCUGAACACUUGAAGCGCUCCGGCAAGAUGGAAUUGCCCAUCUGGUGGGACAUUGUGAAAACCGCUUCGUUCAAGGAAUACUCGCCCGACAGCGCCGACUGGUACUACAUCCGUGCCGCGUCCAUCGCGCGCAAGGUGUACCUCCGUGAAUACACGGGUGUUGGUGCGUUGAAGAAGGUGUAUGGUGGCGCCGCCCGCCGUGGUGCCCUCCGCCAGCAAUACCAAAAGGCGUCGGGUGGUUUGAUUCGCCACAUCUUGCAACAACUCGAAGAAAUGAAGGUCGUGGAAAAGUGCCCCGAAGGCGUGAACAAGGGCGGCCGUCAAAUUACGAGCCACGGCCAAACUGAUUUGGAUCGCAUUGCCGGCCAAGUCGCCCGUGCUUAAGUAGUGAUUGGAACUUUUGUCUUUGCAACAACAAGAAAUAUCGUCUACGGGU